UCCCCCCCUCCACCGCCACAGCAGCGCGUCUACCCUGUUUCUUUUAAUCCAACGUAUGUUCGCUGCUGCAUGCUGACAGAACCGAACAGACGACAUCUGGACUAAGGCGUGCUUCUUGGACACCGGAUUUCUGUGUGGAAACAGUACAGACAUUAAUGAAGAUGAAGGCGAAUUAGAAUCCAAAUUUUGAAGAAUCUUUUCAGUUCUUAUGAUAAGGUUUUAAAUUUGAAGCUGUUAAAGAAGUUGUGUUUGAUACAUCUCAACGGCAACAAGUACUGUCGGGAGCAGUUUACUCACUUAACAGACGGUUUGACAUUUUUGCAAAUCAAAUGCCCAAAAACAGCAAGGUCGUCAAGAGAGAGCUUGACGAUGAUGUUACUGAAUCUGUUAAAGAUCUUCUUUCCAAUGAGGACUCUGUUGAUGAUUCAUUCAAGAAAAGCUCACUAACUGUAGAUGAUGUCCAAGGGGACAAGGACAGAGAUAUCGAAGAGGGUUCUGAUACUGAAGAGGAAAGGCCAGCUUGGAACAGUAAGCUACAGUAUAUUUUGGCCCAAGUGGGAUUUUCUGUUGGCCUUGGCAAUGUCUGGAGGUUUCCCUAUCUUUGCCAGAAAAAUGGGGGAGGUGCAUACCUAGUCCCUUAUUUCAUCCUGUUGGUGGUGAUAGGAAUCCCACUUUUUUUUUUGGAGCUUGCAGUAGGUCAGCGGAUCCGCCGUGGCAGCAUUGGAGUGUGGAAUUACAUCAGUCCUCGCCUAGGAGGAAUCGGAUUUGCAAGCUGUGUGGUUUGCUUUUUUGUUGCACUAUAUUACAAUGUUAUCAUUGGAUGGAGUCUUUUCUACUUUUCUCAGUCUUUUCAGCAACCUUUACCAUGGGAUCAGUGCCCACUUGUUAAAAACAAAACAAGUACAUUCGUGGAGCCAGAAUGUGAAAAAAGCUCUGCCACCACCUACUACUGGUAUAGGGUAGCGCUGGACAUAUCUAGUUCCAUUUCUGAGAGUGGUGGGCUCAAUUGGAAGAUGACAGUCUGUUUGCUGUCUGCCUGGGCGAUGGUCUGCCUAGCAAUGAUCAAGGGCAUUCAGUCUUCUGGCAAAGUGAUGUACUUCAGUUCUCUGUUUCCGUAUGUGGUGCUACUCUGUUUCCUGGUCAGAGCCCUCCUUCUUCGAGGAUCUGUGGAUGGUAUCCAGCACAUGUUCACACCCAAGAUUGAGAUAAUGUUAGAGCCCAAAGUUUGGAGGGAAGCAGCAACUCAAGUAUUCUUUGCUCUUGGACUUGGAUUUGGAGGUGUUAUUGCUUUCUCUAGCUACAAUAAGCGGGAUAACAACUGUCACUUUGAUGCUGUACUAGUUUCCUUCAUCAACUUUUUCACGUCAGUCCUGGCAACACUGGUGGUAUUUGCAGUCCUUGGAUUCAAAGCAAACAUCAUGAAUGAAAAAUGUGUAAAUUUAAAUAGUGCAAAAAUUGUUGAAUUCCUGAACACUGGUGUAAUCAGUCAUGAUCUUAUUCCCCACCACAUCAACUUCUCCAGUGUUACUGCAACAGACUAUCAGCAGAUGAUUGACAUUAUCAAAGGAGUUAAAGAAACUGAAUUCUCUUCUCUUGGCUUAGAUUUAUGCAAUAUUGAAGAUGAAUUAAAUAAGGCAGUCCAAGGCACUGGUUUGGCCUUCAUAGCAUUUACAGAAGCCAUGACUCAUUUUCCUGCAUCUCCCUUUUGGUCUGUAAUGUUCUUCCUCAUGCUGGUGAACCUUGGUCUUGGAAGCAUGUUUGGGACAAUUGAAGGGAUUAUCACACCAAUCGUGGAUACCUUCAAAGUGCGGAAAGAAUUUUUGACUCUUGGGUGCUGUCUGCUGGCUUUCUCACUUGGCCUUAUCUUUGUGCAACGUUCAGGAAAUUAUUUUGUGGCCAUGUUUGACGAUUACUCUGCCACACUACCACUGUUAAUAGUGGUUAUUCUGGAAAACAUUGCAGUUGCUUGGAUAUAUGGAACUGACAAAUUUUUCGAUGAUCUCAAAGACAUGCUCGGGUUUUCACCAUUCAGAUACUACUAUUAUAUGUGGAAGUACAUCUCUCCCCUUGUACUACUUGCUUUACUUGUGGCAAGUGCAAUACAGAUGUCAUUAAAUCCCCCUAGCUACAGUGCCUGGAUUGGAGAGUUGGCUACAGAAAAAACUCUAGGUUACCCUGUAUGGGGUCUAGUGGUCUGCGUGUCCUUAGUGGCAGUGGCAAUUUUACCGGUACCUGUUGUCUUCAUUGCACGCUACUUCAAUCUGGUUGAUGAAAGCUCCAGCAGCCUUUCAGCUGUAACCUACAAGAAGGGGAGAAUUAUAAAAGAUAAUUUAAGUCCAGAAGAUGAUGAUACAAGUCUGAUCCAUGGCAAGUCACCAAGUGAAGUACCAUCACCAAUGCCCGGAAAAAGUAUUUACCGAAAGCACAGUGGCUCUCCGACAAUGGAUAUGGUAACUGCACCCAAUGGUCGAUAUGGAAUUGGAUAUCUCAUGGCAGAUAUGCCAGACAUGCCCGAAUCUGACUUAUAAUUAAUUGAACUGUCUAGUAUACUGUCCCUAAUACAUUUUAUGUAUAUAUACGUGCACUUAGUUCAUCAAGAAAAUGAAAUCUGUAAACAAUAUUAACUGUAUAUCUUGUAGAUAAAUGUUAGCACUUGACAUGUACUGUACACUGUAUCUUGCUCACAGAGAAAAAGUGAGAGGCAAAAAGCAGCAACCAGUUUGCUAAAGAAUGGCUGUAUAAAAAGUAGCUGUUUUGCCAGCAGUUAAUCUGGAAGCCAGAAAAACAUGAGCCACUUUAGACUGUACGCAGUUUGUUUUUGUUUUUUUUUUUUCCUUUCAAAAUUUUUUCUGCUCAUGCUUGAGAGUUGUCUCAAGUUUAGCCAGUUCUUGUGAAUUUGCAAUACAAAUAUGUGAAGGAAGCUGAUUCAUCUUUCAACCCAACAAAUUAUGUGCCUAACAACUUCUGAUGUUUCUUGCGUAUAGAAUGUUAAACGGGGUUUGAUCAUUUAUACUUUGUUCUGUAAAUAUAUAUAAUAUAUACAUAUAUAUUUAUCUGAAUUGUUUAAAUCAAAAAUGACUUUUUUUGCUUAGAUGCUCAGACUUUAAGCUUUUGGGGCUUCAUACUCAAAAGUAUGCUCCAGUGUACAAAAAUGUGUUUAAAUGUAUGUGACAGAACACAGAAGGUGAUGGUCUGUUAUAUAAGCUAUCUGUUGUCUAAGCUACCCCUGCCUUACAUCUGUUACUAGUAAGUAAAGUUAAAGCUGCAUUUUUAUCUGAGAUAAACAGGCUUAGAAAAUAAAUGGUUAUUUUAAUAUUGUGACAUGAUG